AGCGGCCCCUUCUGGGCAUGCGCCGGCCGCCCGCGCAGGCGCAGCGGGGCGGAGGGCAGGUGACGGGGCAGCGCCCGGGACCCGGCGCCAUGGUGUACAUCUCCAACGGGCAAAUUUUGGAGAACCAGAGCCGGGCUCCCUGGCGUUUGUCGUCUAUAAGAGAUCUCUUCUGGUCGAUAGCAGAUUUUGUGGUUCUGUUUUUCCAGAGCAUUAUUCAACCAGAUUUGAGAAGAGGCAGCUACACGUCUUCCUCCUAUCCAGGAUACAAUGAUGGAAGAGGGCCUCCAGCACAUCCUCGCCGUAGGAUGGGCCGAAUAAAUUUCUGGGGUGGAGGCCCCAGUCCACCACCAAUGGCUGGAGGUGGAUGAGGAAGGUAA